UUUACAUGAGGAAGUUGUGUCCUAAUUUCGAUAGAGAAGACUCCUUGGAGACCAUCCUGGAGGUUCCAAUACCCGAUGAAAUGUUUGCCAGUAUGGGCAGCUCUGCUGCCCUACGUUGGCAGAAUAUGGCUGCAUGGAUGAAAGCGCAGGCACCCGAUAAGUGGUUAUCGCCUGUCAUUGUUGGUCGUUACAAUGAACUUAGCUUCCUUCUCUACAUCGUUGGUUGCCCUCUCAUUCCUCUCCAAGUCCAAGUCGAUAGUUCCAUCCAACGUCCCGUUCGCCAUUCUUCUAUAGAAGCUUCGACGGCAAAGUACAUAAUGUCGCAGUACGUAGCAGCAACGGGUGGGCAGCCUGCAUUGAAUGCCGUGCAAAGCAUGUGCGCUGUUGGAAUGGUUAAAAUAAGUGCGUCGGAUUUCCACCAAGGUGACGAGAAUGUGAACGUUCAAAGCACAAAUGAAUCCGGAGGAUUCGUCCUAUGGCAAAAGAACCCCGAUCUAUGGUGCAUUGAAUUUCUUAUUUCCGGAUGUAAGGUUAUCUCGGGUAGCAACGGCACGAUCUCAUGGAGACAAUCUUCGAACGAACAAACACCCAUCUGCACCGGCGCUCCUAGACCUCUUCGUCGCUUCCUUCAGGGUUUGGACCCAAGGGCAACGGCUAAUCUGUUCAUAGACGCGGUAUGCAUAGGCGAAAAGAUCAUAAACGAAGAAGAUUGCUUCAUCCUCAAGGUGGACGCGAGCAAAACAAUUCUCGAAGAACAAAGUGGACCAAAGUACGACAUCAUCCACCAUACUAUAUGGGGAUACUUCAGCCAAAGAUCGGGAUUAAUGGUGAAGUUCGAGGAUUCAAGGCUGAUAGCGGUGAGGACAUCGGAGGACGAGGAUGGUGAUAGCGUUUUUUGGGAGACGAGCACGGAGUCGGUGAUAGAGGAGUAUAAGUAUGUGGACGGCGUGAACAUUGCACAUGGUGGAAAGAGCUUUAUAAGAGUGUUCAGAUAUGGGGAGCAAUCUGCUAAUCAUAAGAGAGAGCUGGAAGAGUCUUGGAAGAUUGAGGAGAUGGAUUUCAAUAUUGGUGGCUUGAAAUCUGAAUUCUUCAUGCCUCCAACUACCUUUAAAAGAUGAUCAAUAAUGCAAUAGUAUUUAUGUUUUAAAAAAACAAAAUUAUUUUUGUAUGCAUCAAAAUGAUUUCUAUUUUGGGAUAAACUCAUGAGUGUGUACAAAGUUGA